AAGACUACCGACACGCCUGCAUGGGGGCGGCGCCCGGGAAGGCGGCUCCGGCGGCGGCGGCGGACUACAAGGCUCGGUUCGCCAAUGCCGAGCACGUCAUACUCCAGUGGAACCGCAGCCCCUUGUCCGACACCGGCAUAUGGGACGCGGCGGCCGCCUGCACCAACGAGCGCCUCCUCGACGCGGUCGACGAGAUCCUCGACCUGGCGGAGGCCCAGCCUUUCCCCGCGUCGUCCGCCGACGCCGCCCGCCUCGACGGCGCCCUCGGCGUCGCCAUGUCGCGCAUGAUGGACGAGUUCCUGCGCCUCAGGGUCUGGAACGCCUUAUCCCAUGAGCUGCGCUACGCCAUCGACAAGCUCUCCGUCGCCGUCUCCGCCAACGCCCUGUGGAUUGCCUUCCCCAGCACCGGCGCCAGGAGCAGCUCGGCGAGCACCGUGGGGCGCGCGUCGGGCGGAAGCCCGACGUCGAGUGCCCCUGGUGACGUGGCCGUGCUUUUGGACGGCGAGUUCUUGGAUGAGCUCGAGCUGCUCUGCCCGGCGAGCCUACCCGUCCUCGAUGAGAUCGCGCUCCGGGUAAUCCGUGCCGGCUACACGAAGGUGCUCGUCCAGAAAUUCAAAAAUUCCCCCUGCGAUGUUCUGGACAGGUUCCUGUCGAUCUUUCAGGUGGAGUGCUCGCGGCGGACGACAGAGGCUGUGAUCAAGCGGUGGAGCCUGGCGACUAAGCUCGUCGGGAAAGCCCUCGUCGUGAUGCAGCGGCAGCUGUACGCGCAGAGCUCUCCCGGCGCCUUCGACGCUCUCAAGGACGAAUACUUCCUCGCCAUCACGAAGAAUCGCGUCUUGAACUUGCUCAAGUUCGCGGACGAUUUCACCAGCAUCACGUCGCACGAGAAGCUCGUCUACAUUCUCGGCAUGUACGAGGCUCUGAGCGACGCCGCUCCAGGCCUCCUGCUCAUGUUCACCGGGGUGCACAAGGAGCUCGUCUCCGAGAGGACGCAAGAAAUCCUCACCAGAUUGGCUAGCUCGAUCAGGGCCAUGGUCGCCAGCCUCUUGGCCAAGGUACGAGACGAUGUCUCGACCACGAAGAAGAAUAACGCGGCACGCGGCGGCGGCGUCGGCGUCCAUCCGCUGACGCGGUACGCCAUGGACUGCAUCGAGCCGCUGGCGCCGCACCGCGACGCGCUGGACCUGAUCCUCGCGAGCGGUGGCGGGGGCGUGACGUCGCUGUCGGAUCUCGCGUCGCGCGUGGUAGGGUGCCUGGACCGCGUCCUCCUCCUCGAGGAGAAACCCGUGCUGCCCUGCGGCGGAGGCGGCGACGACGACGGCGCGGCCGUUGUCUCGCGGCACCACCUCUUCGUCGCCAACAACGCCGGCUUCGUGCUGCAGCGCGGCAGGCCACUGCUCGGGAACGAGUGGGCGGCGCAGCGAGAGGACCUCGUGGCACGGCACGUGGCGAGCUACGCCGAGGCUCGCUGGGCGCCGGUUGUGGCUAGCCUGGAAACCGCGGGGAGGAAGCCGGCGAAUGCCGCCGCCAAGUUCAGCGCCGCGUUUGACGAAGCGUACGAGAGCCAGGCGCGCUGCGAGGUCCCCGACCCCACGCUCCGCGACGCGUUGCGAAAGGCCGCGUCGGAGACGGUCGUGCCCGCCUACGGCGUGUACCUGAAGAAGCACCCCAAGCUCGAGAAAAAGGUCAGGUACACCGCCGGCGAGCUGGACCAGCGGCUUUCGGAGUUGUUCGAAGGAGAAGCUGCAGAGCGCAACAAAUGACAAGUCACAACUCAUAGUUGUAUGCCACAGAUUUUUUUUUGUUUGUUUGUAAUAACACAUAUACUUUCUUCAGCAAAAGAAAAAGAAAAAGGAAAUCAA